CGGCCACUCAGUUACGACGAGAGCUGGCAGAGGUGGAGUUGGAAGGCUUGCGCGUGCUGGAAGGAUUCGAUGCUAGGGAGGCCAUACUGCUGGAUCAGCUGGAGGGCAUGAAUAUGCCAGUGGGCCUAGGAAUCAACCUAUCUGGACCAAACGGCACGAUGACUUCGCUGCCCGCGGCUGAUUCGAACGCUACGAUCAGACCACGAAAACGAAAUUCAUUGAUCGAUGUCCUGCCUCGACGGUCGGCGACGAAAUCAUCUUCGAGCCGUUCAAAUGGGUCAAACCCACCGACCCCUUCAGUUGCUGUUCGCAACAGUCCGGCUCAGGCGCAAGCGGUGUUGUCGACUAUGGAUCCGGACCCCAAAAUGACUGCAGCAUUGACAGAAAUACGAAAGGGCAGGGCGGACGUGAAGCAACGGUAUGAGACGCGGAUGGCAUUCCUACGAGCAAAGCUGAAGGGCGCCGAGUUACACGAAAAGCUGAUCAAGUGAGUGGGUGGAGCGUGCUGAGUGUAUGCUGUAGUAUGUUGCGUAUAUCCUUGUAAUUUCUAAUGGUCG